ACAAAAAUACAAUCAAAUUGUAAAUCAACUCUCAAAUUUAUUAACAACUGGAAAUGAAAAUCCAAAGAAGAAUUAAAAAACAUGAAUCCAGCAUCGAAACAGCGGCUGGGUCUUGUCGAACCCAGCAGUUGGGUUCGGGUAAACCCAGCAAGGCUGGGUUAGAUGAGACCCAGUAGGGUUCGUCGGAACCCAUCCUUGCUAGGUUCGCGGAAACCCAGCCUACUGGGUUUCAUCAGAACCCAACAAGGGAGACCCAGCAAAGGAGACCCAGCCAAGCUGGGUUCGAUGAGACCCAGCCAAGCUGGGUUCGAUGAGACCCAGCCUUGUUGGGUUCGACGGAACCCAGCCAGAUCUGGGUUUCGUCAAACCCAGAUCUGGCUAGGUCUCCCCGAACCCAGCAAGGUUGGGUUCCAACGAGACCCAACAGGCUGGAUUUCGACGAGACCCAACAUGCUGGGUUCUGACGAGAUCCAGUAGGCUGGGUUUGUCGCAGCCAUCGGAAUCCAGCCUGGUGGAGACCUAGGGCAGGAAAGAAAGAAAGAGAAAGAAAGAAGGGGAAGAAGAGGGAUUGGGUGGGUGAGGGUAGUUAGGUAAUUUUAUUUGUUUUUAUUUAAACUAUAAAUAUUAAUUUACGUG